AUGCGCGACACAUUCUUUGGCAUUAAAGCCGAGCCGCAAAGGCCAACGUCAGUGGCGACCGAGUUCAUGGACAUGGAAUGGGACGACGACGUGCUCAGCGAGUUUGAAGACAACUCUCCAAGGAUCAGUGUCAACUCUUCUGGCGGCCAGCCAAGUAUCACAACACUCUCAUCCUACGAUGAGGUGCAGACGCCAAGGUCGAGUCAAGGGCGGAUGAUGUACGCGACGGAGAUGAUGGAAUCACCAAACAAGAACACUGAGGGUCCUUCCGGCCCGCACCUGUUCCGCGCUUCCACCGCCAGCUACUUUGACGAGGCCAUUCUGACGCUGUCCCCGGUGACACCCAAGACGGCGCGGCCUUUUGACGAGCCCUUUAGACACAUCAGACCGCAGCAGCCGCCGGUGCCCCUAUCCAGACACCAGAGCGGUCCUUUUCAAUUCACGUACGAAGAGUUCGAGUCGAGGGAGCUCGUCUCAUGGACGCCAGAGAUGGUUGCGCAGUCGAUGCUCAAUGCUGGCAUUGAGCUCUCGGUCGCCGGCCGUUUCGUCGAGAACGACAUCAACGGACCCAUCCUAAUCACGUUGAAGUUUGAGGACCUGAAGGAAUUGGACAUUCCCUCAUUCGGCAUGAGGACGCGCGUGUGGAACCAGAUCCAGGUCUUGCGCGACAGCAGACCCAGCUCGCCCCGCGCCCCGACGCCGAUCCAGGACGAGCCGAGCCGCGAAGUCAAGAAGGAGACCCGCGAGGUCCGGGCGGCGGAGAGGCAGCAGGUGGACGACUGCGGUAUGAAGAGGAGCAAGAGCAGCAGGAGGCGACCCAAGAAGCCGUCGCACGACGACAUCAUCACCCCCAUGGAGUCCGUGUCCAUCGUCGGCAUCGAGCAGGUCGUCCCCAAGCCGCAUCAGUGCCCCAAGGGCGAGAACUGUUCAAAGUGGAGGAAACAGCAGCGCCUCAUCGAGGCCUUCAAGAAGGAGCACCCCUUUGUCGACCUCGAGACGGAACAGGUCGUCAUCACCGGGAACCCGGGCAACCCGCACACGGCCAGGGCCCUCGACCCUACGCAGAUCCUCAGGCCCGUCUCGGACGCCGUCCCGUCCGUGGUGGCUUCCUCCGAUGUGCUGGGACCCGGUAACGCAACUCCGCUGCAGUAUCUCCAGGAGGCUGCUCUCCGCAACGUCGUUGCGAGAGAUCCUCAGGAUAAUGUGCGCCAGUUCCUCGACUUCCAGAAGCAUGAGGAUACCACGGUACCCCCGACACCCCCCUUCGAGAUGGGCUUCCCCUCCAUGAAGGCCCAGCCCGAACGCCUCCGUCACCUCCCGAAGCUCUCCAUCCCCGGCGCGCAAGCUCCCCGCGCAAGCCCUCUGCGCGCCUCCACGGUCCCUCCCCCUUCCUCCCACCCGGAGCCUCUCCCGACACCUCCCUACCAGCAGCAGCCGCAAGGCUUCGUCCCCUACCACAUGGACCGGGCCGAGGCCAUGUCCCCGGACCUACAGAGCCCCGUCAACAACCCCUACCGCUUCGGCACCCCAUUCUCCGAGAUGGACGUCCCCGUCACCGCCGUGCCGAUGGACCGCAUCGCCCGCGAUGUCUCCCAGUCCGUCCCACCCGAGAUGAACUACCGCGCCGGCAUCACCAAGCAGCAACAGCAGCCACCGCCCCUUUCCCGCACUCAAUCCCGCUCCUCCGCCCGCCGCCCCUCGUUCCCCGUCCUCCCAGCCCUCAACGAGAACACCGCGACCCCCAUCGCCCGCACAUCCCCCAGACACACCUCCCCACGCACCUCCGUCCGCCCUCAACCCCUCCAGACACAGCACCACCAACAACAACCUCUCCAAGCCCCGCCCCGCGUAAACUACCCUUGGUCCCCCAUCGAGCGCACAACCCCCUUCGAGCAAGCCAUCCCCCCAAUCUCCCACCUCGCCGCCGCUCUCCCCGUCAAACAAGCCGCCUCGGCAGCCCAGCAGGACGGCGUAACCUUCCAAGGCCCCAUGAAGAAGCGCAAGACCAAGAUGCUCCGCCACGAGUGGAACGACACCUUCUGCACCCUCAAAGGCACCCGCCUCGCCGUCCACAAGGACGCAAAGACAGUCGACCGCACGCUCGAGUACGUCAACGUAGACGACUACGCCAUCGCGUGCUCCAGCCUCGCCUCGCAGAGCAAGCUCACCGCCGCCUUCAAGGCCGUGCAGUUCUCCUCCUCGCACAGCCGUGAGAAGAGCGACCCCGUCGCGGCGUUUAGCUUCCAGCUCAUCCCCCAGGAUAAAGAUAAAGAGUCCGCGGGCGCGAAGCUGAGGAAGCGCGGGAGCGCGCUGCAUGGUUUUGGCCCGAAGCACGGGCACUCUUCGAGUUCGGGGUCGAUCCCCGCCGAGGGCGCGAAUGGCACGGGCAAGACGCAUCAUUUUGCCGUCAAGAGCCGCGAUGAUAGGAUCGAUUGGAUGCGGGAGCUGAUGCUUGCCAAGGCGCUGAAGCAGAAGGGGGAUGGGUUCGAGGUCAGUGUUAAUGGUAACAUGAUCUAG